AUGGCGCUCCUCUCCUCCGCUCUCUUGGCUUUCUCGCUAUUCUCGAGCACCCAAGCAUGGCCUCAACUACCGACAGACGAUGGCGACCUCAGCACACUCAUGACGCUCCCCGUCAUUCCCUACACCACGCAUGACAAGGCCGAUGUCGCCCCACGCGGACUAUCCCUCCCCGCCGAGGAGGAUGCCGGAGCCAGCAUGAUGAUGACCCUGCCCGUACCUUCGAAGCCGAGGAAACGGCGCGUGCGCUCACCGCGCAAGGUUCUGCUCGACGACAUUCUCGGUGACGACCUGGGACCUCUGCCUCCGGCCCCCCAGGUCGAGCCUCCAGUUUCGAUGCGUGGCCUGCCCGUCGAUGAUGAUGCCGAUGUCAACAGCGCUUUUGUCACGCUGCCCGUCAUCCACUCCACCAAGCGCGGUGUUUUCAGUCGACAGGUCGAGGCGAAGCUUGCCAAUCGUUCUGAUGUAGCAUAUUACGCCCAACUCAACAUCGGCACACCGCCCCAAGCAGUGUAUGCUCAGCUCGACACCGGCUCCUUUGAGCUCUGGGUGAAUCCUGACUGCACGGUCCUCGCCGCCUCCGACCAACGCUUCUGCGAAGCCGUUGGCUUCUACGACCCCGCCCGCUCAUCCACCGCCGAACCCAUGCAGACAUCCAAGACGCUCCGCUACGGUAUUGGUGCCGCCAACAUCACCUACGUCCGCGACAGCCUCGCCCUCGCCGGCUCCCGCUCCACGAUGCAGCAGGUCCAGUUCGGCGUCGCUACCAGUUCAGAGGACCAGUUCGCAGGCAUUCUUGGUAUUGGUGCUGGAGAAGGCGUCAACACCCGGUACAAGAACCUCAUCGACGAGCUCGCCGCCCAGGGAGUCACCCGCACCAGGGCGUUCAGCCUUGGGUUGGGCUCCAAAGACGAGCAAGAAGGCGCCAUCAUCUUUGGCGGCAUCGACACCUCAAAGUUUUCUGGCCCUCUUGCACGCCUGCCGAUUGUUCCUGCAGAACAGUCUCCGGACGGCGUCGCCCGCUAUUGGGUGAACAUGAAUUCGCUCAGUCUCACGCCACCAAGUCGUCGCACCCGUGUGUACGCCAAUAGUUCGAUGCCCGUCUUCUUAGAUAGCGGCGCCACCCUCACUCUGCUUCCUGAGGACCUCGCUAACAUGGUCGCUGCCGAUUUCGGCUCACCUGGUGUCGACGCCAACGGCUUUUACCCUGUCUCAUGCAGUCUCGUUGGUCUCAACGGUACCGUCGACUUCGAAUUUGACGGGAUGAAGAUUCAGGUCCCCUACAGCGAGAUGAUCCGUGAGCUGCGUACGUCUCCGCCAACUUGCUACUUGGGUAUCGUUCCGAACUCCGACUUCACAUUACUGGGCGACACCUUUCUACGCUCAGCCUAUGCCGUGUUCGACCUCGACAGCAACGUCGCUUACUUGGCGCAGUACAACAAUUGCGGCACAAGGAGGAUGGCUAUCAGCAGGCCGGAAGACAUUGCGGCCAUUCAGGGUUUGUGCCCCAGUCCUGCCGAAAUCGGUGCCUCGAAGCCGGGCACCAACGGCACCACCACCUCGCCGGGCUCUGGUCUCGGCUCAGGUUCCGGCACGGGGUCAAAUCUACCCACCAGUCCCGCCCCUGAAAUGUCGGGGACCCCAGCAUCAGGCAUAGUGUCAUCAGCAGCCGCAACAGGACACAGCAUUCUUCCCGUGGUCUCGACUCUGUUGUUGGCAGUCAUGUUCUUGUAG